CACAGCUUGUUCAAGGGACGCGGUUGGAGACACGCCGGCCAGGACAGCUGCUGAGGCCCACUGCAAUACACGCCAAGCCCUGCUGCCCAGCAUGUGUGCAAUUGAACUGCUUGCACUGGCACACGCGUGUGAAGAUUUCACGGUAGCUGUUUAUUUAUUCUGAUAGUGAAAUUGGGGUAAAAAAGAGAGUUCAGACAGCAAGUGUAUUGGACUCAUCUCCUUUCUAAGCCCCACCCUCUCCCCCAGGUCCUCCACUCAUUCAUUCACUCACUCAACAAGCACUCCGUUGAGCUCCCGCUGUGCGCCAGGCACGAUGGAUGCCUGUGGAUUCAACGCGGAGGGAGGCCAACAGAGGCCUCUGCCUGUAGCGGGACAGCUCUUUGCAGGUCACUGAGCAAGCUGCAGUGCCCAGGCCAUGGCAGAAGCCGGGGGGACAGGCCCCACGGCCCACUCUCACUGCCUUCUGCCUGUGGGGAGGCCACCAGGAAGCAGUUUCUAGCUUCCGUGGCUCUGAGGUACAGGACGGUGCACGGGGCCCCCAGGGUGCGGCUGCAGCACAGAGGCUGCUCCUCAGCAACGGGGUCCCCUCCCACCCCGUGUCCUCGUGCCCCUGUCAUCUGGCCCUGCUCCUUUCAGUGUCUUCCUGGGUCAUCCUGUGGGGACAGAGUGCAGAGGGCUGACACCCUUGCUUUUCUGGCCUUUGCCGGCUGCUUAACCAGUAAACUGUCUGCAUCCACCCAGAACACCUUGCUCCUUACGGGACGAAUCUGCCGGCCUGUGCGACAUGCUCUCACGAAGCUCUCAUUCUAGAGGAGGAGUGACCGUGGCAUACAGGGUGGGACCCGUGUGGCUGGGGAGUGGGACGGGGCCUCUCAGCUCCUCGCCUGGAGACCCACCCUUUGGAUCUGGCACCUGGAAGGGCUGCCUCUCCGGAGGGCAGGGCCCUGAGGACACCUCGUCCAUCUCCGGAAGCUGGGGAGGGGCUGGGGUAGGAGCCACCACCCCAAAGCCAUGCUGCCUCUUGGUGGAGAACUGGCCCUUAGCCCGGCCCCCGGGAGGCCCCACCGCCACCGCACAACUGCAGCUCCAGCCUUCCACCUUCUGGGAGCAGAUACCCCACCGCUGUGCCUUCAGGGGGAGUGUCAUGAAAGGGCCACCAGGCUGUGGCUGGGCCGGGACGAUGGACUCUAGGGUCUCUGAGCCCCGGGAGCAGGACCUGACAGAGGCAGGGGCAGAGCAGGAACUGCGGUGGUUGGAGCUGGGCUCCGAGGAGGCCCCAGGAGCUGGGACAGAGGGGCCCAGCGCCCCACAGGCCUGGGGGCGCCUGCUGCAGGCCGUGUGGAAGGGUCACGUGGGCCUGGUGACUCAGCUACUGCGGCAAGGGGCCAGUGUGGAGGAGAGGGAUCGCGCGGGCAGGACCCCGCUGCAUCUGGCCGUGCUGCGCGGCCACGUGCCGCUGGUGCGUCUCCUGCUGCAGCGCGGGGCCCGGGCCGUAGCUGCAGACCGCGUGGGGCGCACGCCGCUGCACGAGGCCGCCUGGCACGGGCCCUCGCGGGUGGCCGAGCUACUCCUACAGCGCGGGGCGUCAGCGAACGUGCGCUGUGGGGCCGGCCUCACGCCACUGCACUGGGCCGCCGCGCUGGGCCGCACGCUGCUGGCCAGGCGCCUGCUGGACACACCGGGCCCGGGCCCCGCGGCGGCGGACGCACACGGCUGGAUGGCGACGCACUGGGCGGCCGCGGGCGGCCGGCUGCCGGUGCUCGAGCUGCUGGCAGCAGGCGGUGGCGCGGGCCUGGACGGCGCCCUGCUCGUGGCGGCCGUGGCCGGGCAGUCGGCAGUGCUGCGCCUCCUCCUGACGCACGGGGCGCGGGUGGACGCCCGGGACAGCACGGGGGCCACGGCGCUGGGUAUCGCUGCCGACCUGGGCCGCCGGCAGGGCUGCUGCCGGUGGACAUCUGCUCGCCGUCCAACUGCUGGCCGCCUGGGGAGCAGACGUGGACGCUCGGGACACGUUGGGCCUCACCCCCCUGCACCACGCUGCCCGGGGAGGCCACAUGGAGGUCGCCGGCCACCUCCUGGCCAGGGGCGCGAAGGUCGACGCUGCUGGCUGGCUCCACGUGACCCCCCUGCAUCUUGCCGUGGAACGCGGCCAUGGCUCCACCGCAGAGCUUUUGCUGAGCCGGGGGGCCAGCCCCACCCAGAGGACACAGUGGGGGGAGGUGGCCCAGGAUCUGGGGCCUGCCGUCUGUGGAGAGCAGGAGGUGCCCCAUGGGCCCCAGGGCUGCAGGGCCAGAGCAGGACCAGAGGCUGCAGGCUUCCACGGCCUUCAGGGCGUGCAGGCUCCUCUCUGCUGGUCUGAGGCCACCUGCCAGGGUGCACAGGAGAACACCCCAGAGGUUCCUGGAGAAGAAGGAAGCAGUGGCUGGAGCCCGAGCAAGAAGCGUGUGGCUGACCUGGAACCAUUCCAGACUCCCAGGGCCACGUCAGCCCUGUAGCUUCAGCCCUGUGCACGCUCUUUGGCGGAGAGACUGAGUCGUGGCCACAGAACUGACCAAAACCCGAUGCGCUCCUGUUUGUGCGCCCCCAGCGGGUGCCAGCCUCUGUGCUCCCCCCGGGCACACCGGCACUCUUACUGUGUUUCCUUAGAUUCAGUAUUUGUCUCUCGGCACCCACUCACCAAUGACAGGGCCAGUUGUCCUCCUCUCCCUUGCUGUCCCGACCCAUGCCCUGAACGGCUGCCUUCUCUCACGUGACCAGCUGACAUCCCCCUGCCCGAAGUCACCCAGGGCCAGGCCUGCCUCUGUGCACCAAGGCCCACUGGAUUAUCAAACAAACCAAUCAGAAGCUGUUUCCCUGCGCUGCCCUGCCUUUCCUGCGGGAACCCCAAUAAAGGCCUGAGCCUUCCCCGGGCCCCUGCUCUUACCACCUGAUCGAAACUGCUGUUUCUGCCUGUGUCCCUGUGGGGCGUGGUGUGCCCUCCCCUCAGGAAAUGUAAGGCAUAAAAAUCUGCUUUCAGGAGCUUCCCUGGUGGUGCAGUGGCUAGGAAUCCGCCUCCCAAUGCAGGGGACACAGCUUUGAGCCCUGGUCCGGGAAGAUCCCACAUGCCGUGGAGCAACUAAGCUUGUGCGCCACAACUACUGAGGCUGCACUCUAGAGCCUGCAAGCCACAACUACUGAAGCCCAUGUGCCACAACUACUGAACCCACGCACCUAGAGCCCGUGCUCCGCAACAAGAGAAGCCACUGCAAUGAGAGGCCCGUGCACCGCAACGAAGAGCAGGCCCCGCUUGCCACAACUAGAGAGAGCCCCCGUGCGUGGCAACGAAGACCCAACGCAGCCAAAAAAAAAAAAAAAAAACAACAAA